UGUCUCCUUCAAAUAGUGCUCAGCUGGUGAUCCAAAGAGGCAAGGACAGUUAGCUGUGCUCUCCUGUGGCCAAAGGGGUGAUCGGGGGAGCAAGCUAAGAAAGCAGUAGUGUCUGAAAGUUGGGAUCAAUUUUCAGACAGUACUAGUUGCAACAGACGGAAGCCUCAGCAGCUUUUCUCAGCCAGUUACGACAAGCAAGGUUGGUGGUGCCUUGGUGUAGAGGGCCGUGGUGCAACCCUGACACAGGAAGCUGUAGAAAUCCUCCCCCUUAUUGCCAAUGCCUGGUUGGGGGGAUACCAGGAUUCGUGAGGGUGGAGGUCUUCACAGUGGGAAGCAGAUUUUCCUGUUACAGUUUUUGCUGUGGCUUGUGUGCUGAUCAUUAUCUUCCCCCAAACUGUGCAGAGUGGAGGUGUGGGCAGGGUAUCCUCAGCCCGACCUGCAGCCAUCGCGACAGGGUCCUUUUCUGUGCAAUGAGUGGGACAAUAUCAUUGGCGAUGGAGACUCCACGGCCCUGGGGAAUGACAGGGAAACGAGUCCUCAUAGUCUACGCACAUCAGGAGCCCAAGUCUAUGAAUGGAUCCUUGAAGGAUGCAGCCGUGACCGAACUGAGCAGUCAGGGCUGCCAAGUCACUGUGUCUGAUCUGUAUGAGAUGAACUUUGAGCCAAGAGCGACAAGGAAAGAUUUUACAGGUCCUUUGAAUAAUUCGGACUUCUUCAAUUAUGGGGUAGAGGCACAUAUGGCUUAUAAGAAAGGAUUUCUGUCCAGUGAUGUGAUUGAAGAGCAAAAGAAGGUACAAGAAGCCGAUUUAAUCAUCUUUCAGUUUCCCUUGUAUUGGUUCAGCGUGCCUGCCAUCAUGAAAGGCUGGAUGGACAGAGUACUUUGCCAAGGAUUCGCUUUUGAUUUUCCAGAAUGCUUUGAUCGUGGCUUCCUCCAGAACAAAUUAGCCCUCAUUUCAUUAACCACGGGGGGUGAUGCUGAGUUGUACUCCAAAACAGGGCUCAGUGGAGAUAUUAAAUACAUCUUGUGGCCCCUACAGCAUGGUGUGUUGCAUUUCUGUGGUUUCAAAGUCCUCGCCCCUCAGGUCAGCUUUGCUCCUGAAUACACAUCAGAAGAAAAGAGAAAGGAGAUGGUAGCAUCUUGGUCUAGGAGACUGGAGAGCAUCUGGAAAGAGAAGCCAAUAAACUGCACUCCCUCCUGGUACUUUGAAUGAUAACAUCUUAUGUUAUGUAUGAUGCUCUUUCCCUUUUUGAAGUUAUCAGUAGCUGGUGUUCUGAAGACAAUCUGUUAAAAUCAAUAAAGCUACAAAGUGAAUCUGA